CGGCCCCCGGGGGCCGGGCGCUGGAGGGCGGGCGUGAGGUGUCCUCGCUGGGUCCCGCGCCUCGCUGCGCAGGUUACUCACUAUAAACAAUACCCACCCAACACAAGCAAAGUUUAUUCCUACUUUGAAUGCCGUGAAAAGAAGACAGAAAACUCCAAAGUAAGGAAGGUGAAAUACGAGGAAACAGUAUUUUAUGGGUUGCAGUACAUUCUUAAUAAGUACUUAAAAGGCAAAGUAGUGACCAAAGAGAAAAUCCAGGAAGCCAAAGAGGUCUACAGAGAACAUUUCCAAGAUGAUGUCUUUAAUGAAAAGGGAUGGAACUACAUUCUGGAGAAAUACGACGGGCAUCUUCCAAUAGAAGUCAAGGCUGUUCCUGAGGGCUCCGUGGUUCCCAAAGGAAACGUCCUCUUCACAGUGGAGAACACAGACCCCGAGUGCUACUGGCUCACAAACUGGAUUGAGACUAUUCUUGUUCAGUCCUGGUAUCCAAUCACAGUGGCUACAAAUUCUAGAGAGCAGAAGAAAAUAUUGGCCAAAUAUUUGCUAGAAACUUCCGGUAACUUAGAUGGUCUGGAAUACAAGUUACAUGAUUUUGGCUACAGAGGAGUCUCUUCUCAAGAGACUGCUGGCAUAGGAGCAUCUGCUCAUUUGGUUAACUUCAAAGGAACAGAUACAGUAGCAGGAAUUGCUCUGAUUAAAAAAUACUACGGGACAAAAGAUCCCAUUCUGGGCUAUUCUCUGCCAGCAGCGGAACACAGUACCAUAACAGCUUGAGGGAAAGACCAUGAAAAAGAUGCAUUUGAACAUAUAGUAACACAGUUUUCCUCAGUGCCUGUAUCUGUGGUCAGCGACAGCUAUGACAUCUAUAAUGCGUGUGAGAAAAUAUGGGGAGAAGACCUAAGACAUUUAAUAGUAUCAAGAAGUACAGAGGCACCACUAAUAAUCAGACCUGAUUCUGGAAAUCCUCUUGACACUGUAUUAAAGGUUUUGGAUAUUUUAGGUAAGAAAUUUCCUGUUGUUGAGAAUUCGAAAGGCUACAAGUUGCUGCCACCGUAUCUUAGAGUUAUUCAAGGGGAUGGAGUGGAUAUUAAUACCUUACAAGAGAUUGUAGAAGGCAUGAAACAAAAAAAGUGGAGUAUUGAAAAUAUUGCCUUCGGCUCUGGUGGAGCUUUGCUACAGAAGUUGACAAGAGACCUCUUGAAUUGUUCCUUCAAGUGUAGUUACGUUGUAACCAACGGUCUCGGGAUUAAUGUCUUCAAGGACCCGGUCGCUGAUCCCAACAAAAGGUCCAAAAAGGGCCGCUUAUCUUUGCAUAGGACACCAGCGGGGAAUUUUGUUACACUGGAAGAAGGAAAGGGAGACCUUGAAGAAUACGGUCAUGAUCUUCUCCAUACUGUCUUCAAGAAUGGUAAGGUGACAAAAAGCUAUUCCUUUGAUGAAGUAAGGAAAAACGCACGGCUGAAUAUUGAACUGGAAGCAGAUCCUCAUUAGGCUCUGUCUUAGGAUGGGCAUGUGUGGCUGCGUGUGUAUGCGUGCCUGCCUGCACGCAUGCGUACACCUGUGUGUAUGUAGUACAUGAUGUUUAUUGUACAGAUGCCUGAGGUUUCUUUGUGUUUUAUGAUACAUUACAGCCAAAUUAUUUGUUGGUUUAUGGACACACUGCCCUUUUUGGUUUUUUGGUUUUGUUUUUUUUUUCCAGUGUUUAGGUGAUCUCAAGUUAGGAAACACACAUAACCAUGUAAAAAAGAUUAAUGCUAAAGUAAGCUUUUUAGGGCCCUUUGCCAAUAGAUAGUAAUUCAAUCUGGUAUUGAUCUUUUCACAAAUAACAGAACCGAGAAACUUUUAUAUAUAACUGAAGAUCACAUAAAACAGAUUUGCAUAAAAUUAUCAUGAUUGCUUUACGUUUAUAUUUAACUUGUAUUUUUGUACAAACAAGAUUGUGUAAGAUAUAUUUAAAGUUUCAGU